GGUGCUGAGGACGAAACAUGUCUCCCGCCACCAACACUACCUCCUCCUGCCUUAAAGUGGGUGUCAUCAGGUACUAUCCUUUCCUGGAAGUUGUGACCAAUUCGCAUCACAGGAGUGUGCAAGGCUCCAUCAUUGAAGUCAUGGAUAUAAUAACAGCCAAACUCAACUUGUGCUACGAAUGGAUUAUUCCAGAGUCUGCAACUCCCGGGUUCAGGCUCCCCAACGGGACGUGGCUAGGCGCCUUGGGUCCCCUCUCCCGCGGGGAAUAUGACCUGGUUGGCGUACCAUUCGUUCCAAACUCCAUGCUGACACAGUACGUUGACUUCGGUGUGCCCAUGUACAUGGACUGGCAGGGUCUGGUCUACAGGCGCCCGGGUCUGGAGGGAGACCUCGCUGGCUUCGUGAAGCCGUUCUCCAACACCAUUUGGUUAAUGUGUUUGCUGUCGAUGAUCGCGGCCGUCCUCGCUCUCUUCGUACUCAAAUGGGCUGACAGCAGGAUUGUGUCACCCCCACGUAGAGAGAGCGCGAGGAGUCUGUCGGGAGGCAGAGGAAAAGAGGAGGAGGAGGAGGACGCCAGUGGACACCUCCUGGCUUCACUCUCCUUCACCUGGUAUUGGGUACUAAGUGUCGCACUUGGUCAGCCUUCAGCAUGGUUGUUCCAGAGGAACUCUACCCGCAUUAUGACUGGGCUGUGGCUGCUGCUGUCCUUUGUUCUUGGUACGGUGUAUAGAGCCAACCUGAAUGCCAUGAUUGUCGUAGUGAAGACGUAUUUACCUCUUAAACGCGUCGAGGACAUGUUGAAGACGAAUGUGCCAUUGAUGUUAAUAAAAGGAUCGAUACUACACCAACUUAUGUCGGCGGCUCCCCCGGGCAGCGUGCUCUACAAGCUGAAGCAACGGGUCAUCUUGGACCUCAACCCGGCUCAGUCAGUGAGGGACAUUUCCGCCGGCAAGUACGCCACCAUCGUCGGCAUCACCAACAUGAUAUAUGUUUUUCACAACAUUUAUUCAAAGACAGCAACAUGUCCCAUGUACGUGGCUCCGGAGGCCUUCCUCACCGCCCUCCCUCUCAGCUUCGCAUACCCCAAGGACUCACCGCUGAAGAUAAGGUUCAACACUAUAAUUACCAACUUGAAGGAGUCUGGUAUCCUCGACUACACGGUUAAGAAAGCCGUUCGGAACGGAACAAUAUGUCUGCAGCCCAUGUCCUUCACCACACCCAACAACAAUCUCACGCCACUCCACCUGAACGAUUUCUAUGGUGUCUUUGCUGUGUACUCGGCAGGACUGUUGUUAGCGUCCGUGUUAUUGGUGCUGGAGGUGCUUCUUAAGCGGUGGACUGCUGCCUCACCAAGGGUGCUCCUUGUGUCUGGCGUGUCUAAGUGACUCGGUCUAAACCACAGCAGUGAUCUCCACCACGGACUUUAGCAUGCGUGGUGCACCUGGUGAAAGCUACUCUAAAAGGUCACUCUGGACUACAACGAUGACUAAUUGGCCCAAUACACUGUUUUGAGGGGAGGCUCACAAUACGUAGGCGCCGUAGGAAAAUUAACCACCUCGUACACUAAAAAAACGAUGUCAUCCAUUAUAAUUUAAUUCAAUAAUUUAGAUAUAAUUAUGCUAAUUAAGCAGUCGUGUCUGUAUCGAUGUAUUGUAUACAGGUGGUUAUAAUACUGAGCUUAAUGCAUAAUGUAUUGAUUAAUGUAUAAUAUAUAAAGUAAAUAAAUAUAUG